GAAUAACACUAGGUUCGAUUCCUGUUACAGCAGUCCAAGUCGCUGAUUUUUAUUUUCGUCUGUGUUUGUUACACUGAAACUCACUUUUCUUGCCUUUAUUUGUCUGUGACUCGCUACAAAAAGUUUUUUGGGAGAAGAGCAGAGCGCAUGCGUGAAAAGCUUAGGGAAGUUCAUUUUGAAUCCACUGAAGUUUGGCAGAAUAGAGGAAAGUAUUUUAAAGAAAAUAUUUCGUAGGUUAGAAAGAAAAAAAAAGGUUUCUCCACUUUUGUAAGCAUACGCUUGCUAACUAAUAGAAGCUGUCGUGGCAGAUAGUUAUACAACUGGAUUUCAACAAUAACAGCGUGGCUGUUUUUCUUGAGUCAAUACGGUAACCUUUUUUUCUCUUUUGGGCUCUCAUUUUGUCAGGAAACAACGUGUAAUUUACACAUCCAGUCACGGUGGAAUAAACAGCACUUGAAAGCUUGCGGGGGUGUUCAGAUCAGAGGUGUGCUGUCUCUCUCUCUCUCUCUCUCUUCAGGGGGUAUUCAGGUCAGGAUUGAGGUUGGUGAAGUGAAACUGGUUCUCUCCGUCCCAGGCGUUGUGGUUUUGACGUCGCACAAUGAUGCUGUCAGGGAUUGACCUGGAGCAGCUGGCUGAAAUAGAACUGCAGAAGGAUGAAGAAGAGCAGAAGAGUGUUGGAGGCAGUCUGUCCACCCCCGCAUCAGUUCCUCGUGAAGCAUCCUACCUCGAUAUCAACCAUCCUUACUAUGAUGUGGCUAGGCAUGGAAUCAUCCAAGUGACAGGUGAUGACAAUUACGGCAGGAAGCUGGUUGUUUUUAGCUGCUGUCGCAUGCCUCCCUCCCACCAACUCAAUCACCAGAAGCUGCUGGAGUACCUGAAGUACACGCUGGAUCAGUAUGUGGAGAGCGAUUACACCGUGGUCUAUUUCCACUUCGGUCUCCGGAGCAUCAACAAGCCCUCUCUGAAAUGGCUGCAGCGCGCCUACAAGGAGUUUGACAGGAAAUACAAGAAAAACCUCAAAGCCCUAUAUGUUGUACACCCGACCAACUUCAUCAAAAUCCUGUGGAAUAUUUUCAAACCACUCAUAAGCCAUAAAUUUGGAAAGAAGGUUACAUACGUAAACUAUCUGAGUGAACUGAGGGACCAUCUCAACUAUGACCAGCUGGUAAUCCCUCCAGAAGUGAUCAGGCAUGAUGACAAGCUGCGUGCAACACAGAAAGGUGGCCCCCCUCUGCCAGCAAAGACCCCCCCGCCCCGACCCCCCCUCCCCACGCAGCAGUUUGGGGUGACCCUUCAGUACCUCAAAGACAAAAAUCAAGGAGCGUUAAUCCCCCCAGUGGUGAAGGGCACUGUCUCCUACCUCAAACUAAAAGGGCUUCAGACCGAGGGCUUGUUCCGAAGGUCAGCCAGAGUUCAAGCCAUCAAGGAGAUCCAGAAGCUCUAUAAUUUAGGAAAGCCUGUGAACUACGAUGACUGCGAUGACAUCCACGUUCCCGCGGUGAUCCUGAAAACGUUCCUCCGGGAGCUGCCGGAGCCCCUGCUGACCUACGACCUCUACGAGCAGGUCCACAGCAUUGCCAGUGUGGAGAGCAGUCUGCGUGUGAGCCACUGUAAAAAGUCUGUGGAGAGCCUGCCAGAACACAACUAUGUGCUGCUCAAGUACCUUACCUGCUUCCUGCACAUGGUGUCUCAAGAGAGCAUCCACAACAAAAUGACCCCUUUCAACCUGGCCUGCGUGUUCGGGCUCAACCUGAUCUGGCCGCCCAGGGGCACGGCGUCGCUGGGGGCUCUCAUGCCUCUCAACAUGUUCUCAGAGCUGCUGAUCGAACAUUACAGCAAGAUCUUCGGCUCCCGCGCGCCACCCAGUGAAGUGCUGCCCUAAUGCAGAGGGACCAUGAGGUGCCAGGCUGGCCACUUCCACAGCGUGAAGACACCAUCACUCCAUCCACUGCCCAGGCGGUAAACGUCAGGCACACUUUUAAUGGGGGCUAUUCAGUUACCACCACUGUUUUUUAAAUAUCAAAACAUGACCAAAACCAGGGAUAAGCAGACUUUUUAAAGAUUUUAAGAUACAAUUAGGAGAAUCGCAGACUCUGUUAUGAUAUGUGGUUUUUAACAAAGUUUGAGUGAUUUCAAAUUACAGUGCUAUUCACCUCCCCCCACAGUUUAGAUAUAUCGGAUAGACACUCUUCUCUCUGCGUAAAUACGUUUGGACAUAUUUUCAAAGCGCUUUCCUCCAUUCUUUAAUUAUGUCCUAUUUUUGAAAGGAGAAAAAAAAGCAUGUUAUUUCUAUAGCUUGGUUGUUUUGGUUCUAGUUUUGAAAAAUGAACAGGUAACAGAAGUAAACGCAUUGAAAAUAUGGCCCUUUGUGUCUCAUUUGAAUGAUCUUAACUGACGGAUCUGAAGAUCUUUAACGGGACCCCCAAAACUUAAAACACUUGAUCCUUAAUGUUCUGCAAAAAACGAGUGCUUUGGAAGAAGGUGGUUUUUGUAGAAAAAAAAUGGAUUACUAAUCAUUAAUUUGGGUCUGUUUGUGAACGAUGGUUAUGAAAAACAACCCUAUCAGAAACUGAGUAAAACACAUCACUUUAGAAGUUCCGGGUUGUCUAUCGGAGCAACAUACUUUUCUGCUUAAUCCUAAGUGUUUAAAAAAAAUCAUAAAUCACCUGGGGAACCUAUUUCUCAACUUUCGGCAGGAGAAAGAUGAUUUCUGUCAUAUAGAUUGCAGUGUAUCCAGAUCAUGCUUCCUCCUAAAACAAUGCUUGUUUUUCUUCCCACAAUAUGCCACUCAUUCUAAUCUGAGCCCCAGCAUUGUUGCAGUGAGGGAGCAUGUUGUGGAUGCACAACACAUGUAAUGUUUAUAAUUCUCUCUGUCCUGGCAAACACUCCUCAGUAAAACUAGAGGAAUGUAUUGUCCAGGUGAUUUCCCUGGCAUACUGUACAUAACUACGCUAAGUAUACAAGGUCUAGUUUUCCACAGCGAUGCAUACACAGUAACUGUCGUGGACAGGGGGUGCAGUAUUAUACAACUAGGGACUGGAGAUGAGGCGUAUAGUGGAAAACUGUUGUCCUCAAGGGGGAUAUAGUGUCCUGAGGGCUAUAUAGAGGCGAAGUCCUAUGUCCACUGUAGCAGGGUGGCCCACCCUGGUCCCGGAGAGCCACAGGGUCUUAUGGUUUUUGUUCCACCCAACUUUCUCAAUUACUUUAUUUGAACCAAUUAUUUUCUUAAUUGGUCACCACUAGAAAAUGUUCCAUGUCUUUAGCCAUUGAUGAUUUAAAAAUACGCAGAAAACCUGCAGGAUUGUGGUUUUCCAGUUCCAGGGUUGGCCACAUGACAAUAGUUUUCAACAAAACCCCAAGUAUCCAGUCCACAUGUUUUAUUGAUCCCUGAAAGACGACUCUAUCUGCGUCCGGCUCCCAGAUGACGGGGCAGAACUCUCGCAGAAGGAGCUUCAGGUCUUGAGGACCGUAUUUCUCCAGGACGUCUCUAAGUUUUUCAAGUGGAGAUAAUGCUGAAGGAUGGCGGUAGAUGUUUUUAUUACAACUUUUGUCUUUUUAGCAUCUUUUUAGUUUUAGAAUUUGUGGAAUGUGCGCCUGCCCUUUUGUAAUGUGAAAGGGGAUUGCGUCAGUCCAGGUCAGAGCAUUGUGAAGGACUCCAGGAUCUGUAGUGCAAGGGUUAAUCAGGUGCACUUUUAUAUAUUUCACACAUUAAAACAUGAGCUUGUUUUUGUAUGGGAUUGGGUGUUGGAAUGUGUUGCCCUUCUGUAGUGCACCUACAACUACAAAAACACAUGCUGCUCCUUUCACCAGACGUGCAUUAAUUGUACUGAAACCACUCCUUGUUCCUUCAUCGAGGUCACUGCGCUGAAACACUGUUCUUCAACUAGUGACUCCAAGAAGGAGUGAAUUUAUGGAAACCGAAGCUUAUAAAAUAAAAUGCAUUAUCAAUGAAAACGAACAUCUGUAGAUGGGAAGUUCUUCAGCAUAUUGCAAAAGCACCCUACAGCACAGUUCUGCUAUCGGCAAAUAGAAUGCAAAAAGCAUAGAAUACAAGUUUAUGGAAGAUAAGAUUAUGCAAUGCUCUAGUUAGACUCCACCUAGAAUACUGUGUGCUGUUCUGGUCACUACACUGCAAAAAAUACCUGGCCUUUUCUCGUUUUCAAACUUUUCUUGUGUUCUUAAAUGUCUUUAAGAUUUGAAUACCUUCAUACAACUACACUGCCAGCAUUUAGAAGUUCGAAUUUACCCCCCCCCCCUUUAUUUUUUAAGAAUGCAUAAUACUUAGAAUCAGAUAUUUUGCAUCUUGCAAUAUAAUUCAUUCCAGACGUUUUAGUUCUUCUAUAAUUCUGCCAAGCUGGCAUUUUUUUCACUUAUAAAACAAUUUAAUAUAGAUUGAAUAAUCAAUAUGACUCACUGGUCACAUUGGCAAUGCAGGGCACAUUUCUCUCAAUGUGAAUUAGGUGUCAUCAUUUGGGUGACAGUAAUUAUUCUACCACUUACAAAACUAAAAAAAUAUCUAAAAUGAAUAUCUUCAUUUAUUUUAACACCCUUUUCAACAGGUUUGUUUAAGAAGCAUUUGUUUGUGUGAUGAAUACAGAGGACAUUUCUCUUAAUGUGCCAUUAGUUAUUACAGAAAUCAAUUUAAUGACAAUGAGCAAACAAACAAUAAUAGGUUUAAUUAAAAUAAUUAUAAUAAAAAAAACGUUCUUAAUUAUUUUACCACCACUAUCAAUAGGUUCGAUUAACCCAUUAUCAUUGCCCUCAUUUCACGACAUUUCAAGAUGUUAACUGGCAUCUACCUGUUACUUUAACUAUAUUGUUAUGGCAACUUACUCUAAUUUUGUUAACCGUUGUGUAAAUGUAACAGUUGAUUCUGCAAAUAAAGCCCUUCAGAUGCUUUUAUGAGGCCUCAAUAUAAAAUACAAAACUGAAGCCUAAAAAUGAUACAUUUCCUGGUGUUUUUCCUCCCCACAGUGAUGGUGAAGUGGCUCCAUUUUCUAUGUUGAGCCUCGCAGCCGGUGUGAUAGAGCUAGCAGGGAUGGACUUUCUUAGUGAACUGGAACCCUCUGGCCUUAGGUGAAAUAUGGGGACUGGUCAGCCAGAUAAUAUGCUUUACCUUGCAAGCAUGAGCACCCUCGCUGCCUUUAUGAAAAACGCUUUCCUGUUAAAAAUGUGAUGGUAUGCCUUUCUGUCUUAAAAACAAUAGGGAAGUGCAUUUUUCUUAUUACUGCGCAUGCAUAACUGCGUACUAGUUGUGUGAACCCAUCAUAAGAAGUCAAAUGGUCAUUUAAUGAAAGACAAAAAUGAUCCAUACCAACUAUAAAACACACUUACUCUUUCUUCCAGAACCACUCUGUGAUCUACUGAGCUCUGUUGCGGUUUUUUUCUUGUAUCAUGAUACAGACGAUUCAGUCCUCUACUACAAUAUGAUAUAUCAUGUAAAUAAAGUAUCACAGUUCAUCGAUGCAUGAUAAAUUGUUACAGCCUUAAUAAGUGGCAUGUACCUGAUGUAAUCUCCAUUGCGAAAUACCUGUCUUUCACCAAGCAAAAAUAUGGUAAUAUAAAAAUGGACAGCAAAGAGAUUGUGAAUUGAAAAGUGAAGAAAGUUCCUCAUUAAGGUAAUGGCGUAUUUUAGGGUGAUCCUAUUACAAAACAAAAGCCUGCACUGUAGAUCUAGUAUGUUAAAACAAACAAAAAAAGAAGCAAGACUACACUUAACAGGUCAACAACUUCAAUCAAUCAAUUUUUUAAUGCAUCAUAAAGAAGUAAAAGUACAUUGGCAUAUUUAAGACAAACACUUUUGUUUCCUAUACACCCAAUCCCAAGGACAGUCUCCUUUUCAUUCUUUUUAAAAGCACUGCUGCUAACAGUCCCAGAGACAUUCCGUCUGAAUGCUCCGUUGUCCAGUUCCAAUGUCUUCUUGCUUUUCAGCUCGCCAUGGAAAUUGAACUUGGCAAGCCACAACCCAGUGCAUAAUUGGCAAACAAUAACCAUAGUAUAUUUCCAUCAUUGUUCAUUGAUAAAAUAAUAUAAAAAAUCUUGUUCUAGUGUCAAGUGUAUUAAAAUAGAUCUGUAUAGUGCUGCACAGUUUCUCCCAGAGUUGGGAAAAUGGUCGAAGGAAUCAACUGGCUUUAAAUACGACUGCUUAAGGGCACGUUCUCAUCGUGCGUUGAUAUGGUCAUUUCUUUUCUUUUAAAUGGGCUUGCCUUAUGUCACAGCUUCAGUAGACUUUGUUCAUGCUCUUGGAACAGUCAUGCAGUAUCCCUUUUGAUGAGGAAUUUCAAUCUGAAGAGACCGCAGGUGAACUGGAAAGCCUUUCCCAGACCGGAUGAUAUGCAAUAAAAGAAUCUCACAUGAUGUGAGUACGUCCCAAAGUCCUUGGUGACAGUGAUGGGUAUCGUUUCCAGAUUCACUCGCUUUCUGUUACACCCAUACUGCAAGGUUUCUAAGAUUUGAAUGGGUUACAAUACUUGUGGUUACAAUCAGUAUUCAGCAGGUUGCUUUUAAGAUGAGGGAUUUGUGUUCUCGUUAAACUAUUGUUUCUUUUACAGUGGGACAAAAACUAUUCAGACAGCUAACAUUUUGAUAUACAGUAGCUAAUUUUAUAUAUUAAUGUAAGGUUCAAUUGCAUUAAAAAAACCCUAAAUAACUGCUGCAUAAAUUGUUAUUUUGCAUUGUUGCUACAGUAUUUGCCUCUUUUGUUGGCCAUUGCUGAUACUGAUAACCCUUGGAGAGAAAGCUAGCACAUAUUCAGUUAACACCAGUUUAGGUACAGUAUACCAUCUAAACGUCCAGAAUAAAUUCCUAGUCGUAAAUACAAUUUGAUUAGAUAUUUGAUUGAUCUUUUUCAGUACUCAAUCCGAAGUUAAAGUUACUGAGCUUUCUUGUGAACUUUUUACACAAUUUAAUCUAACUGGUAAUUGAUAAACCCAUCGAUAUCGAAAUGCAAGCCCCAUUUCCAACUGUACAUUUAGGUUGUAUCAACUGUUCACAAGAGCUUCCACUUAAAUCCUGACCACAGCUGGUCCUGAGGGCUGUGGAGCUUUGCAGACAUUCAUUAUUUGUAACCCAGGCGCAAUCUUUGAAUGGUUGCUGCAGAAAACAUGUGGGCUGUCUGCUCCGAGUCAAGCUUGGUUCUAAUAGAAACAGAGCACAUUAUGUCACAGUCAGUCUGUCUGUUUUUUACACACAUGGUAAAUGGGACCUUCUCAGGACAGGACCUUUUUAGUGUCCUUAGUGUCUGGACAAGACUGUUAAAGCAAAUCAAUCACUGAUCACCAAGGAAAACACAAGGUGACUGUAUAGCAUAGCUGUUCUUCCAGAGUGGCGUUGUGUGACUUUCUGUGCUUGUUUCUGCACAUGCCAACCCCUAGGUCCUACAUACCCAGCAAAACCUAACCAAGCCUACCCAACUGGCUUCUAAAUACCGGCACUGCUUUCCACUGGGUCUCUGCAGUUGCACAGCUGUAGGUUCAGCAGCCUUCUUGUAUUGUCUUCACACCAGCUGGUUGUUUGAAAGCUGCCUGUUUCUCUUUCCACUCUGAAAAGGAUGGGUAAGCCAGAGAGCUCUUAGCCAGUGAAGUUCAGAGCCAAGCUAAACUAGCAGUUAUUGAUCUUGUUGAGUGUCAAAUUAUAUACAAGUUAAAAACCAGAACAAAGCAACCCUUUUGUGAAAAGGUUACAUGUAAAAUCUUUUUGUGAGUUUUUUUGAGAUCUGGGCAAUAUGAUUAACACAUAAUAACACUAAAGGCACUGGCCAUGACGUUUCUAGAAGUAAGUUCUAUAGUUUUACCGCAGAAAGUAUAAUUCGAGUAUAAAUCCUGGCUAUAGAAAUCUAUAACUAUCUACAGAAAUCUACAGAAAAUUCAAGGAAUUAUCACUGGUUUUACAGAUCUGAAGAAAAUGAUAGAAAGCUAUACAGAAGUGUGAUCUACAGCUACAUCUAGAGGACAAUGGCACAAAUCCUAUGAAUUGUUUUAAGGGGUGAGGUUAAGGAUGAAUACCCAGAGGAUAGUGGUUCUUCCCAACAGCCCUGCAGUUGUCUGAUAAACAGGGUGAAUCCAUAUUAUAUUAACAAUGGCAAUGUUCAAUAUGGGCUUUGGGAGAUUUAAAGCGUAUUUUGUGUGAAGACAGUACAGGAAGACCCUCGCUGAUCUGUAUAGGACAGGACUUUGAAACCUGUCAUUAGGAUAACCCCAUUGUAAUUCAGUGGCAGCCUUCAGAAACAAAUUAUAAAGAUUCAACUCCUUCCAAAAAAAACAGUACAAAUAGCAGAACCAGCAUACCUUUUAGCAAACCCAAUACCCCAAAGAUCAUCCACAGAAAGCAGACUAUUUACUGUAUAUGCUCUGUACCAUUCUCAACAGUUAUUUUACUUUGUUUACCUUAUUCUUAUUUUUUGCACCCAAGGGAUACUGCAUAUUAAAAAAAAAAAAAAGAAAAA